CUGACAACAUGAGGUCCAGAAGCUUCUUGGUCCUGGUGGUGGUAUUCCUCAUCUGUGAGACACUAGUGGCACAGGCAGCUGGCAGAAUACUUCGUCCUAAAGGUAAAGGCACUAAGAGAAUCCAUGCUCUGGUCAAAGGACAAAAGCCGGUGAGAGGUAAAGAUGAAGUCAAAGGUCAAGUUCCAGUCAAGGGUCAAGAUCUAGGCAAAGGUCAAGAUCCAGUUAAAGCCCAGCUUCCAGACAAAGGACAAGAUCUAGGCAAAGGUGAAGAUUCUGUCAAGGGUCAAGAUCCAAUCAAAGCCCAACUUCCAGAUAAAGUACAAGAUCCAGUCAAAGCCCAACCUGCAAUCAAACGUCUAAUCUUACUUACCAAGCCUGGCUCCUGCCCCAGGAUUCUGAUCCGUUGCAUGAUGGUCAAUCCCCCUAACAGGUGUUUGAGUGAUGCUCAGUGCCCAGGGGUCAAGAAGUGCUGUGAAGGCUUUUGCGGGAAGGAUUGUUUGAAUCCCAGGUGA